UUCGAUUGGACGAAUUUGAUUGGUCGUCGCUUCGCAACGAUUCUCAUAAAGGAAUGUAAUUCUCUGUUCAUUUGGAAAUUAUUGUGUUGGAUAAAAACAGUUGGCUGAAACAGUUGAAUUCUUGUUUUUGGAUAUAGAUUAAAAACAGCCAAAAUGGUCAUCAAAUACUUAGCAAUUUUGUGCGAACUUUGUGUUUUGAUGGUUUCUUCAUCAAUAGUUAAACGUUCUUACCAGGAUUUCCCGUUACAGAUGUGCCCACAGAAUGCAGUAUGCUCAGAUAUCGAGAAUUUGUCCUCACUAGGUUUAGGACCAGCAACAUUUAAAAUCCAGUUCAAAUGCAAAUGUCCCGGUGCUACUGAAUGUCCUUCAAUGCCAGGACCACAGACAUUAACAACAGGGGAAGAUAAAUGGUAUGGAAUGUGUCAACCAGUAGAAGAUAUUCCACCGUGUUCCCCAGGACAGGUUGCAGAACAACUUAUUCUUGACGCUCCAGAACUAACUAGUCAAACAUACGUAAAGGUGUUGUGUACAUGUUCCGGUCAUUUGUCUGGUGACAGAAGUCCAGCAUCAAUUUGGGCAGAUGCGAUCGGAGGCUCAAGAGGUCAAAAAUAUGUCAACCUUAGGUGUAAUGCAGACGACAUUAUGACAAAGAGGGGCAGGUAUGGAAGUGGUGGAAGCCGAUCAAGAGGACGAUUUUAUUUCUAUAGAAAAUAAAAGGCUGUCAUAAUAUUGGCAUAAAACAAGACUUUCUGCUCAUUAAAUCAUAGCUAUCUUUUUGAAUAUCGGCUUCAUUUGAACGUAUAUUUCAUAAAUGAAUAACUGAUUUUGCGUAACAUACAUAGUUCGUGUAUUUUGCUACGGCUUUAAUGGCAUACAAAUAAAACAAUUUCUUAGAAAAUAAAAUAAGUUAAAAAAAUGGAUGCUCACGGGUCUUAUGUAAAAAUAUUUUAAUAAACAACAAAUAAAUAUG